AUGGCAUCCUCUAUGCCGCCCGUCCCUGCCAAGGACGAUGUCCGAGCAACGUGGACCUAUCUCGAAGCCGGUGUCGACAAGAUCAUGCACAGCCUGCGAGAAGGUAUGGACAUGAAGACGUACAUGGGCUUGUACACGGCCAUUCACAACUUCUGUACCGCUCAAAAGGCCGUCGCCGGCUCAUCGUUCACAUCCCACAAUAACCGCGGCGGAGCCCAUCUCCUCGGAGAAGACCUAUACCAGCACUUGAUCGAGUACCUGAAGAUCCACCUUAAAGUGGUGCAAGACAAGUCGCACGAACACACCGAUGAAGCUCUCCUCUCAUUCUACAUCAAGGAAUGGGUACGCUACACGACCGCCGCGCAGUACAACAACCACUUGUUCAGGUACCUGAAUCGUCAUUGGGUGAAGCGCGAGAUGGACGAGGGGAAGAAGAACAUCUACGAUAUCUACACGUUGCAUCUGGUUCGGUGGAAAGAUGAUAUGUUCACCGGCACACAAGAACAGGUCAUGCGUUCAGUGUUGAAGCUAGUCGAGAAGCAGCGGAAUGGCGAGACAAUCGACCAGAUGCAGGUCAAGCGUGUUGUCGAUUCUUUCGUGUCCCUGGGUCUGGACGAGCAGGACAGCUCCAAGUCGACGCUUGACGUUUAUAAGGAGUAUUUCGAGAAGCCAUUCCUUGUAUCGACGGCAGAGUAUUACGACAACGAGUCUAAGCAGUUUCUGGCGGAGAACAGCGUGGUUGAAUACAUGAAGAAGGCCGAGAUUCGCCUAGAAGAGGAGAAGAACCGUGUCAGCAUGUAUUUGCUUCAGGAGAUUAUGUCUCCCUUAAUGCGCACAUGCGAGGAGUCUCUCAUCACGAAGCACUCACAGGCCCUACGAGAAGAAUUCCAGAUCUUGCUCGACCACGAUAAGCAGGAAGAUCUCGGCCGUAUGUACAACCUGCUUGCCCGGAUUCCAGAAGGCCUGGAUCCGUUGCGUACGCGCUUCGAGACCCACGUCCGGAAGGCUGGUCUAUCGGCUGUAGAGAAGGUUUCUGUGGAGGGCGACACUAUUGAACCUAAGGUAUAUGUUGACGCGCUUCUUGAAGUCCACACGCAGUACCAGGACCUUGUGAACCGUGCUUUCAACGGCGAGUCAGAAUUCGUCCGAUCUCUGGACAAUGCCUGCCGCGAGUUUGUCAACCGCAACAAAAUCUGCAAAUCUGGUUCCAACAAGUCCCCUGAACUUCUCGCCAAGUACACCGAUACUUUGCUGAAGAAGUCGAGCGCGAAGAUGACUGAAGAAGACAACAUGGAGGCGCUCCUAUCCCAGGUCAUGACUGUCUUCAAGUAUAUUGAGGACAAGGACGUGUUCCAGAAGUUUUACUCGCGCAUGUUGGCGAAGCGGUUAGUGCAGAGCACUUCCGCUUCGGACGAUGCAGAGACCACCAUGAUCUCGAAAUUGAAGGAGGCUUGUGGUUUUGAAUAUACCAACAAACUGCAGCGCAUGUUCCAGGACAUGCAGAUUUCCAAGGAUCUGAACAGCACAUACGCUGACUGGUUAGAUCAAACGUUUGAGUCUACGGAGCGUAAGGCUUUCGUUGACGCCAGCUACAACAUUCUUGGAACUGGUUUCUGGCCACUGAGCCCGCCUACCACAACUUUCACACCGCCUCAGCUCAUCGUUCAGACAUAUGAACGUUUCACUCGAUUCUAUAACAACAAGCACCAGGGCCGUAAGCUGUCAUGGCUAUGGCAUCUGUCGAAGGGCGAGAUGAAGGCCAACUACUGCAAGGUCGCUGGCGGAAAGAUGACUCCAACCUUCCAGGUCUCGACGUACCAGAUGGCCAUCCUACUGCCCUUCAACGACCAGGACACGGUGACAUAUGACGAGAUCGCAGAACUCACCAAGCUCGACAAGCCGACAUUAGACCCUAGCAUCGGUGUUUUCAUCAAGGCGAAGGUCCUCACUGCUGAGCCGGAGGGCGCCAAGCCGGAGUCGGGUACCACGUACAAGCUGAAUCUUGGCUUCAAGACGAAGAAGCCGAAGAUCAACUUCAACAUUGCAAUCAAGGGCGAACAGAAGCAGGAGGCUGAAGAUACGCACAAGACGAUCGAGGAGGACCGUAAGCUACUCAUGCAGUCGGCCAUUGUGCGUAUCAUGAAGUCUCGCAAGAAGAUGAAGCACCAGCAGCUCGUCUCCGAGACAAUCCAGCAGAUUAAGAACCGCUUCAUGCCCCGCGUCCCGGAUAUCAAAAAGUGCAUCGACAUCCUGCUCGAGAAGGAGUAUCUGGAGCGUUUGGAGGGCGACGAGCUUGGCUACCUUGCGUAG